GCCGACGUCAAAUUACGUCACCGGGGAAGUCCCCUUAAGACCCGCGGGCAGGCGUGGGGCGCCCGAACAGAGAGCAUUCCUGUGCUCGUGCAGCCUACAGAAGCUCGGUGCGUCUGAUCCGCUGCACCCUCGGUCCAUUUCGCGCGGCCCGAGUCCUGUGGGAGUCGCAGAGCCGAGGUUGGGGACCUCGGUUCCCGGUGCGCAGCGGAGAUCGCCGCGGCGCUUAGGAGAUGCCCCGGAGCGAGGCGCGUCAGAACGCGCCGUCGGACCCAGCGCGGGCAGAGCUAGCGCCUGAGUUUGCAGCUCAGCUCAGGAGGAUUGGAGACAAACUGUAUUUAGCUUGGUGUGAACCCGACAUCGCUGAGGUGCUGGCGGAGAUGCCUAGCAAGAAGACGCAAAAGAGCGCAACAAGGAGCCCGAGCCCAACGCCGGUGCCAGCAGAUGUGGAAGAUGAGUUUACUCAACUCCGGAGAAUUGGAGACAAACUGAAUUUCUGGCAGAAACUUCUGAAUUUUAUUUCCAAGCUCUUUAAUUCAGUAACCUGAGUUCAUCAAAAGUUUUUGCAAGCAGGGACUCCUAAAAAAGGAAGUUCCCCCAGUUGGUGCAAAUGUCUAUUAUGGGAUGAACAGUGAUGUGAUGGAGGGGGAUGCUUCUCUGAGCACAGAUCGUGAAUGGCAUGAAUGAAUUUCUUCAGGAAAGGUUUCAGAAACCUUUCUUUGAGCUGCGAUAACAUGAAACACAUUCCUUUUAAAACGAGACAAGAGGAAUCAUGGGAAUAGGGAAGAAACUGUCUUUUGAGAGUUGUCUGGUGUCUUUGCCAAGGCUGUUGUCCUGAGUCAUGGGAAGGGGCAUGGCAAAUGAUUACAUCCGAUGGGGAUAGUUGUUCAGUAUUGCCUUUUCCUUUUUGACAGCAACUCCAGAAUAAUGUGUACUAUUUAGUUUCAUUCACUUAAUCUUCUGAGAGGAGACAUUUAAUUUUUGUUAACAUUGAGUGUUAUAGUGAAUACUGAUUUUAUAAGUCACUGUGAACCUAUUGUGUCUACUUAGGUGACUUUUUUUUUUUUUUUAAGUUGAGGCAGGAUUUCUCUGGUUAACAAUCCUGUCCGUCCUAGAACUUAUUUUGUAUACCAGGCUGGCCUCGAACUCAGAGAUCUGCCGGUGUCUGCCUCCCAAGUCCUGGGCACUAAAGGCGUGCGCCACUAUUGCCCAGCUGACUUUUAAGUGUGUUACUGUAACCGUUAACUGGAAAGUAUGGAAAGCCACCCUAUAACUGGAAAAAGUUAGAAGUAUUUCAAGGUCACUUGGUGCCAGUAAAAUUCUUGCAGAUUGAUUAUUACGUGAUAAAGAAAAUUGGGAUUUUAUGUAGACAAUGAAAAGCAAGAAACUUUUAAAAGUUGAUAUAAUUAAAACUUAGUAAAAGAUUCAUAAGAAGUUUCUAAAAUUUUAUAGCCUGCCACAAGUAUUUCUUAGAAGGUUUUUGGUGGGUUUUGUUUUGCUUUUUUUAAGACAGCAUUUCUUUGUAUCUCUGGCUGUCCUGGGAACUCACUCUAUAGAUCAGGCUAACCCUAAACUUAGAGAUAGCCCCAUCUCUGCCCCCCAAGCCACUCCCACCUCCUCAGCUUUAGAGUUUCAUUUUUAAUUUGGGAUAUAAACGUGAAACUCAAAUAACAAAUCAAUUCUGGUUAACAGAGGCAAGAGACUGGAAUUCCCUAAAAGGCACACAGAUGGCCAACAGAUCUGUGAUUCAGAGAAAGGUAAAUGAAAACCACCAACCAAAGAAAGAUAGCAAGCGUUGUUAGGAUGCAAGAAGAGAAAGAAUUUCUAUAGGUCUUUGUUAUGGUUGUUAGGUAGGACGCCCACUUUGUGAAACAGCAUUGAGGUUCUUUUAAAACUAAGAAAUGAACCACCCUAAACCCAGCUGUCCCACUACUAAGUAUAUGUGCAAAGGUAUUGGAAUCUGUACUUCUGUAUUUUUUAUUAUUUGUAUUAGCUAAGACAGGGAAGCUAUCAGAGGCUGAGAGGGUUUUAAAAGUGGGAGUAUAACAAAAUUGAGCCUUAAAAACCGGGAAAUGUUAUUUGUUAAACCUGGACAUUUAUAUUUUGACAAAAGUCACAUAGUCAACAAAUAAUAGGAAUAAGGUGGCUUGGGGAGGUGGGAAAAUGGCCACCCCAGAGGGCAGAAGCGGAAGUGAACCCUGACGUUCUUUUAUACAACAAGGCUACUGCAAUUGGGAAAUGAGGUCAUGAUUGAGUUUUACCAGAAGUAAUUUAUUUUACUUAUUUAUAGUUGAAAUUUUUGUUUCAUUUGAACACGUAUGUCACUUUCAUUUCUGUUAUGAGACAAGGGUUUCGUAACACCGUGAAGGGUGUUGUAUAGCUAGUCACUUUGGAUGAACUUACCUCAGUAGUUAGUGGGCCUCAGCAUUAAAGUUUUCACUUUGAAGAUUUUUUUUUCUUGGCCUAAAGGUAGACAGACAGUUUACCAAAUGGGUAUUUAUGGUCUGUGACUGUAUUUAUAUGUUUGUUUCUGAAGACCGAUCUUAUGGUCUGGACUAUUAAAUAGAGUUGAAUACAGUGGCCGCUAUUGAAAAAUA